GGCAUUGUGGGUAGGUAGGUGCUUCCUGUAAAGUGCCGUGGAACAUUCAGCCGGGGAAAUGAUAUUCGAAUCACGGACAUUUGGUAACAACUUAUUGUAAUAAGUCUAGCCAUGUCACAAAACCAGCAGCAGAGAGCUCUACCCCAGAGCAAGGAAGCCUUGCUGAAGUCUUACCAGAAGAGGUUAAAAGAUGACAUUAAAUCAAUGGUGGAAAACUUUAUGGAAAUGAUAAAGAGUGCAAGGAUAGAGGAAACCAACCAGAUAUCAAGACCUACCCAAGCAGAGCAGGACCAGUAUGAGAUGCAAGUGAGGGCAGCUAAUAUUGUACGUGCUGGGGAAUCUCUCAUGAAGCUCGUCUCUGACAUAAAGCAGUUUCUCAUCCUGAACGACUUUACCUCUGUGAAUGAAGCAAUUACCAAGAACUCUCAAGUGUACAAACAGGCUCAGACUGAAUGUGACAAUAAACUGUUGCUCCUCAGGGAUGACAUGGCAGCUGAUUUGUAUGAAUUAGAAGAGGAAUAUUAUUCUUCACCUUACAAAUGAUGCCAACUUUUGUGACUGCCAUUAAAAAAUUGCAGAAAAUCUCGGUGGAAUAUUUCUUAUGGGUUGAAAGAUGUUUAACAUAUUUUCUAUGAAUGCUGCUUCAACCUUAUGGCUUCAACAUGCCAUGUUUUUAACAGUUGAAUUGGAUCAGCUUUGGUGUGCAAUCUGUUUGUUUCCGCACAGUGUGGUGCCCUUAAACAAGAUCCAGAAGACAGUAUACCUUUAGUAAGGUCUAUUCUUAUCCAGCUAAAGACAUU